UUUUCUGUCGCUUUGUUAACCUUCCUGUAUUCGUAUCUGUUGUUCAUUGAUUAAGUGUCGUACUCUGAGUAUUCAGGAUGAACCGGAAUGUAACCAGAUUGUACAGAAGAGCCCAGCGGACAUGCGCCAGAUGUCGUAAUCACGGUCUCAAUAUCCUUGUGAGGGGCCACAAAAGAUACUGCAAAUACCGACACUGCGUCUGCGACAAAUGCUAUCAAACUGCGCAAAGACAAAAGUUGAUGGCUGCGCAGACAGCCCAGCGGCGCGCAGAGGAGGAGGAUCGACGCAGGUCUAGAGUUGAAGUCGAGGCGUUGAGUUGCGGCAACGUCAAGCGACUUUACAGACCGUACGAGUUGAACUCUGACAAAGACAAGCCACAAGACGCACCUCACAAAGAGGCCAGCAAGCACAUGAUGGAAAGUAUCGCUCUUUUGCAAGGUAUGUGCAACCUGCCCCCCACUGCGGCACCUCUUCUGCACCUCAUACUGACUAGAGUAUCGUCCAACCCCAUCACGGUGUACAGGCUCUUCCUUAAAACGAAGGAGGAUCUGGAACUGCAGAGGUUGGAUGAUAGCGACCUCACACUUCCUCAGGGGGACACUAAGGUGCCUAAACACACUACAUCACUAUAUCACCCUCUCAGUGUGCAUUGCAACGCUUGCCUCACAGCUUCAUUGUGUCAGUCCAUCUACCCCUACAACUUUGACAUCACCUCUACUGUCAAGGCGAAGAGCGAUGAAUCCGUGAAAAACUGGCCUCCGUCGGACUCUUGA